GAAAGUGUGUGAGAACAGAAAGCAGCUUACACAUGGGUUGGAAACGAGGAAAUACCGGUGUUGAUUUUCAAAACAGCAAUGGAAAUGACUUAAAUAGUGAGCGGAAUGUAACCUAAUGAAAGGAUAUUUUACGUCGAGUGAAAAUGCCUGGAAUUGUGGUGUUCCGACGCAGAUGGUCGUUUGGAUCCGACGAUUUGGUGGUGCCAUCCAUAUUCCUGCUCACCAUCCAUCUGACUUGGACAGUGAUCUUGGGUGUUGUAACCGGGAACUAUGACUUCGAUCUACACAAAGAAUGCAGUGUGGGCCUUGUGAACCUGAAGUACUACCUUAUCGGCUACCUAAGCAUGCUUGCAGGCAACAUUUUGGUGGAGGGUAUGAUAUUCGGUGUGAGCAUGAGAGGCACCAUCCUCAACCCAUCACCCAGGCUGUGCAUGCAAUAUCUCCUGUACUUCAGACUUGCAAUCCUACUGGUGGAGCUUGCGUGGCAGAUCCUGGGAGUGAUUUGGAUGGCACAGCACUACCAUACAUGUGGGCCUGUGGUUCCUAUGAAGGCUGCAUUAGGGCUGAUAGUGUGUAACUGGGUGAUCAUGCUGACCGUAUUUGUAUCCCUCUGGUGUACCUAUGACAUAGCGGGCAGGAAAUGGGUCAAGAUGAAACGCUACCAAGAAAGUAUGAAGGAAAAGUCCUAUCGAAAUAAGCGGAAUAGUGGACGACGGAAUUGGAGACAUCGCCUAAUCAUCCAUGAACCUAGUCCUUCUCUCCUUGGAAAGAAAGCUAUCCGGGCCUAUGAGGAGAGUUGGGAUCGGAGAUUCAAGUUUCUCUGCUGUUGUGUGGAGAGAGAUGCAACAAACAGGAAUUCAAUAGCAGAGGUAGCUAAACUGUUCACGGAAUUUUUCCGCGAUCUAGAUGUGGUACCUUCAGAUGUCAUCGCAGGAUUUGUCUUGCUUCGUCGCCAUCAAAAGCUUCAGAUGCACCACGUAGUCACAGAGGGCAGUAAUGAUGUGUAUCAGUACCUAUCAGGUCGGGCAAUCACCCCCCAGACAGAGUUCCUACAGCUGGGCCAGCCAGAGGUUAUGGAAGAAUACAAGCUUGUUGUACAUUACAUGCGUUUUGCACUAGCUGCUUAUGGAUGGCCAGCCUUCAUGAUGAUGAACACAGGGACAGGCCUCUGUAAAAUGCUUCCAAGUCUUCGGUGCUGUUGCUGCCAUGCCUGUGGUUCAUCGUUUGCUAAGGAUGCUGAACUGAUUGACGACAACUGUUGCCACUGUAACUUUGUGGCACUGCUGAAGCUGAGCGGUCUUAAGGAGGCGGACAUUGCUUAUGUCACGUACCACGUAGAGAUUGGGGAGACGCCUUUCUAUGUGGCUCUGGACCACAGGCAUAAGAAGGUUGUGAUAUGUGUAAGAGGGACCCUGUCACUUCAGGAUGUACUGACAGACCUGAAGGCUGAUGCCGAGACGUUACCACUAAAUCCUGUCAAGGAAGAGUGGGUGGGACAUAAGGGAAUGGUUCAAGCUGCUGUGUACAUUCAGAAGAAGCUGAAGGAUGAUCGUAUCUUGGCUAAAGCUUUUGGGAUGGAUCUAGACAGGGGGACACAGAAGUAUGAUUUAGUAUUGGUUGGUCACUCCCUUGGAGCUGGUACAGCUUCCAUCCUCGCCAUACUGCUGCGACAAGAGUACCCUACUCUCCAUUGCUACGCCUUCUCUCCUCCCGGGGGGCUGCUCAGUGAUGUUUGUGUCGACGAAACCAAAUCCUUCAUAACUUCUGUGGUUGUAGGAAAAGAUGUUGUUCCUCGAAUUGGUCUUUCCCAGUUGGAAGUUUUGAGAACAGAUUUAAUUAAUGUAAUAAAAAAUAGUACACAGCCUAAGUGGAAGAUAAUAGCACGAGGGUUAUGUUGUGGGUCAGAAGAUGCAGAGAAGCUGACUUUAGAUGACAUUCAGAUGGAGGUAGAGCGUGACAACACCGCCCAUCCCCUCGACUCCCAGAUUGGCCUGUCCACACACCGCCCCCUCUACCCACCCGGCAAGAUCAUUCACGUCGUCAGGAGUCACCCACGUGGAAAAAAAAAGCGUCUAUGUGGAUCCGGGGAGCCAGUGUUCCAGGCCGUAUGGGCACACAACACCAGCUUUGAUGAAGUCAUUGUGUCCCCCACCAUGAUAAACGAUCACAUGCCUGACAAUGUUAUGGAUGCCUUGGAGAAGGUUCUGGUGAAUGUGGCACCUCCGAAACCUAACCGGACAUUAACUGAGGCAGAAAGAAAGGCCUUUCUUCAAAAACGCUCGCCAUCAGUGGAAUCUGAGAAUUCUAAUCACAAACUGAUCAUACAGGAGGACUUCACUAUAGGUAAAACAGCCCCAGUGUGUAAUCAGUUACCAUUAUAUAAGCCACAUCAUCAAUCAUUGCCCCCUCUUUUCUCCUGGGACCAUGCUGCAGAAGAACACCGGUUCCUAUUGGAUAAAGAUUUUCUGCAUCCCGGUGAUCCUGGCAAACAAGAGCUAUAUCUAGACCUGGGAACAGACACCAUCACUGCACCACUAGCCAGUCCAGAAACUUUGUCAGAAAUAUCAAGUGUCGGAAGUGCUUUGAGUCGAAUUGGCAGCUUGAACAAGGACAAUAAACGACGCUCCAUCAUAAUUCCUCAGGUUCUGGAGACCAUCCAACAAUCGCCAGUGAGUAAAAACAAAGUGGGAGACUUCCCACCUAUUACAGAACCUAUACAUCUCAACGGCCAGGUGAGCAAAACACCACAGAUUGGAAAUUGUUUGCAUAUUAAGACAGAUGUUGUGAUUGAAAGUCCCCCAAAAAUUCGACACGAAUCUGAUAAAUCUACAAAACGUGUUAAUGAUUCACUAGUGCCAUUGCUUUGUGAUAGUACAGACCAGGACAAUUGUGAUAUUGUUGGCAAUGGUUCACACGAGUUCCAGAACAAAGUAUACAACCGACAUUCCCCGGUCGACGGAAACCAGUACGAGUACGGCAAUCCCAAUGUGUAUUACUCUGCGGGAGGAAUAGGUUACCCCCACGGGAGUGGGGCCUAUCAUCCGCCCACAUGUAACGUUAACACAGAAGGUAUCUGUACGGAGUGCAUGAAUCAUUCCUUGUCAGAUGUGCAUUCACCUCAAGAGGAAGAUUCAAUCAUCAAGUGCUCUCAGUCAGAAUCUCAGUUACUGCAUCUCUCUGCAAGGUACGUUAUGAAACGUUCCACGGAACAGAGGGACAUUGCUCACCUACAAGACAGUAUGGAAGUUUUUCAAGGAGAUGCCACUUCUCAAGAGUCACAACAAACUACAAACUCACAUAGAUCUCGCCUGCUUCUGAAGGGAGCUAAUCCAAUCACUUCAGAAGGGACACAAGCCAGUACUAAUUCCCUGGAGGACGACUCGGACCGGCGCCUGUCUUCAUCACACUCGGACGAAGUCUUUGAUUUACCAUUAGAGGAAACUGAUGUAUGAAUUUUUUGGUGCUAUAUAUAUUGAUUUUGCAUCUCAUAAUAUAUGUUACGAUUAAGAGUAGAAGUUUGAUUUUUCCUCCAUGGUAGUUCUUUGUUUAGGUAUUUUGCAGUUAAAUCAUGGAUUUUGUGUUUUAAUUUAUGAUCACUUUUUGUUUUACAAGCUGCAUAUCAUGGUAAUAAUUGUAGAUCUGAUGUACAGUUAUUCCAUCUUAGCACCCCCAUAUCUUCAUCUUUGCUAGCCAAGUGUAAGUGAAGUGUAUACGAAGUGAACACUUGGCUAAAGAAGAUGCCAUAUCCUUGUUAAUUCCUAUUUAUUUUUUGUUAAGUUUAAAAAAAAGUAAUUUUGAUUUAUAAUGUGAAUAAAGAGUUAACCAUUUAUGACCUAGCAUAUUAUGUACAGUAGAAUGUUUGAUGUUCAUAAAAUAAAAACAUUUAAAAGUCCAAACAUUGAUUAAUGUAAACUGAUUACACUUUGUAGACAACAAGGACUUGUAAUUGUAAACAUUUAAAAAAUAUUAAUUCUGAUUUUUGGUUAAUUCCAAAUAUAUUUGAAGUCUCACUUCUUUCAUCACAGUGCAUUCAGAUUUUAAUUUUUAUGAGUUCUAGUUAUCAACUAGUCUGACAAUGUAUGGAUUGAUUUGGAGUGUAGUUUUAUAACUUACAAAAAUACGAUAUCCAUUGAUAUUAGUAUAGGUAAGACAUACCAGUAAUUCAUAUAUGAAAUAAUGGAAUCAUUUUACUAUUAGAUGGUACCAUUCUAGAAAUAAAACAAAAUAGUUCACAUUUUAUGAAAAGGAGUUUUUUUCAUAGUUUAUGGUAAAAUAAAUACCUUGGAAAAUAAAUAAUAGAACAUAAAGGAUGAGAUAUUUUUUUUUUUAAUUUCUGCAAAUUAAUAAAGAAUAUUAAAAUGAAAUUCCAUCUGUUCUUACUUUGAGCAUUAAAUUUGAUCAGCUGUGAUUGACCAAUUUAUUGCAUGUAAUGUAAUGUUAUUUAUGGGUUGUUUAUGGUAUUUGUCAAUUGUGAAUUCUUACAUCUUGUAUUGAUUUAAUUUACAAAUGUGAAAACUGGUAUUUUUUUGAAAGACGAAGUGAAGAGUAUGUUAUCUAAUUAUGAGAAAAUUAACAGGAUGGUUUGAUAAUAAGUAAUUAGUUCCUGUAUAUUACAUUUCGUUAACUUAUAAUAGUUUUCCUCUUGUUAUUAUUGUUUGUUAGUGAAGAAGAAUGCAGUACCGGUAGAUACCUAUGUAUGGAAUGUUGUUAGUAGAGAAAAGUUGCUUUUAGGAUACUUCAUUCAGUUUCAAUUAACGUUUUUUCAUUUAUCUGGAAAAUUCAUUAGUCUUGACUUUGCAAAAAUGUCAGAACAAAUCUGGAUCAACUUAACACAAGGAUAUUAUAUUUCCUUUUCUUUUGUGAUAAAUAUUUAGAAAAACCCCCCAUUAAACCUUCUAUGCUAAAAAGGUUCAUCAAAUAAAUUUCAAUAUUAAAACAAAUAGGAUUGAAUCAUGCAUGCAUGUCAAUUAAAAGACAGUUUUUGCAUGUUUUGUUGUUUGAAAAGAAAACAAUUACAACCAUCAGAUCAGGUCAUCCAUAAAUGAAAAGUCACAAAAGUCCAAUUCUUUUGUUAUUAUCAAGUCUGAAUUAAUGCAUUAGAAGUAUUUUUAUGUUGUCUGAGAGCAUCUGAAAGCUAUUAGCAAAACUAACAGUUUCCACAUACCUCUGCUUGACAUCUUUCAAUUUGACAUUGGUCAUAUGUAAGGUAAUUCUAAUUUUCUCAUUGUCCAGUGUUUUGGGGUCAUUGGUAGAAGGCCACAGAAACUGAACUUUUUAAAAUGUAUACUGCUUUAUCCUUUUUUCUCAUUCUCUUUCAUUUGAUUGCCUUAUUUGUGAUGCAGAAUUCUUCACAUUAUGAAAUGUUGUUUACCUAUCAACUUUAAAUUCAUGAUAAGAUUGUAACUCAUGUUUUGUUAUUAAAUGAAACUUUUUUUUUUUUAUCUUACUAACAGACUUUUUAGCAUUCAUCUAUACCAAGUCAUACUGGCUUGGGUCAUUUCAUUCCUGUUUCAUUUUUAUCAAUAAUGUCCUGAUUUAUCCUAUGGUUGAAGUUUAUUGUUGUUGUUUCUGUUAUUGCAAUGUGUUUGUACGGUUAUUCCAUAAAUCUUGGUUUUAUUUCCAUUUGCAGGAUAAGAUAGACAAUGAAGCACUGACACUAAUCAACCAUCAUCUACCUUCCCAAUAUUCUUUUCAGUAUUAGAGUUACCAAUUUAAGUUAAUUCUAAAUAUAUAUGUGAUUUAAUAUUUUUAACAUCAUAUGUUUUUUAUUUGUGACUAUUGAAAUAUGAAGUGAUGAAUUCAAUGCAAUUUGGAAAGUGAAUAUAUAUAUGAUGCAAUGAAAACAGUUACGUGACUUUAACAUUGUUUGCAAUCUGUUUAUGGCCGAAAUCACAAGUUAUAUGUGAAGAUGAAACAUUGCAGUGCAGUGCAUUUUACAUAUCAUUUGAUAUUAUUUCAUGUUUUCAAGUUCACAAGAUGAUGUUGCAAAAGAAAUGAAAUUAUCUGGACUCCUGUCACAAAGAGUAACCUCCCUUAGGACAUCUGGCACAUUUAAUAGUCAACUGCACUAUUUGGCAUUAGAGGAUAAGAUCAUUAUGUCAAAUUUAGUUUGAAUCUUAUAUGUGAACAUUAUGGGAUGGGAAAUUUAAAAAAAAAAAAGGAAUUGACUAUUAAAAGCGAUUUUUUAAAAGCUGAGAUAAUAGCAUCCAAGAUUUAAGAAAGGAAACUAAAACAUAAUUUGACUAUUUGGAUUUUUUUUAAACUGGAAUUUGGAUUUCUUGGAAACUUUUUUAUAUUAUAAUCUGUAUUUAUGUGUAAUAAUUGUGCAAUAUAUCACAGAUUUAGUGCUAGAUGUGUUCUAAAGAAUUAUGAAAAUCAGUAUUUACACAGAAAUGAUAUGAUUGGUACAUAUGUUGGUGUUAUUUCUUAUUUAUUUAUUCUAGAAGAUUCAAUUUUUCAAUUUACAUAUUUUUUCAACUUGUGCAAUGAAAUACAAAUCAGUGUACUUAAUAACAAGUUGUCAUUUUAAUAGCCAUUGUACUUUAUUCAGAUGUUAUUUGUUUGGAUUAGAUUUUACACUUAGAUAUUUCUGUCUGUAUGUCUAUGUUGAACAGAUGUUACUUUUUGUCAGGUUGUAGGCAACUGUUAUUACUUAACUCCAUUCCAUAAAGAUACUGCUUAGUCAACACUAAUUUUUGCAAAAAUGAAACUAAUAAAGUCAGAGAAAUCUGUCAUAUUUGUUCACAAAAUAUAAACAUAUUUUAUAUUAUAAGUCAGAAAUUUGUUUUUGUUCCUUCAGUCACUUUUCUUUAGGUUUAUUUACACAGAAACAAACUAACACAAAGGUCACAUCUGAAUUUCCAGAUUUUGUAGUUUUUCAUUCCUGAUAUUUCAUGUUCUGUUAUUUUUCAUCUAGAUAAAUGAUACUAAAUCCAUUUUUAUCUACAAACUUAGAAUUUGUGAAUGUUUAAAAGUUGUUUUUAUUCUAGCUUGAUAUAGAGCAUCCAAGUAUUUAUUUGAUUUGUGUGGACCACAAUUCUUCCUGAUUCAUAGUUGUUAUGUCUCCUCUUUAAAUGAAAGAAGGUCAGAAAUGCAAGUUCUUCUGAUCACAUAUUCCCUGGGCAAUUUUUUUAAAAUCAUCAAGGUACCUUGAUAAAAAUUGAAAUACACCUGCAUCAUUCACAGGUGUGUAAUGCACAACUGCCUAAUUAUCUAAGUAACUAUGGGUUACCAUGACUUUCAGUUCAAAGGUCUAAUUAAGUGGAAUUUUUUCAUGAUUUUUUUUCCUGACCAUGAUUUAUUUUGAAGUGUUAAACGUAUCUUGAAGAAAUCUUACAUGUAUGGUCACUAUGACCUUUACCACUAGUUCAUAAGGCAGAUAAGUGUAUGGGAAGCACAUUUUAACUUGUUAAGAAUUUCCUUUUUGAAACUAAAUGUGUACCUGCUUCCAUUUGGUGACCUUCUAGGUCAAAUAAGUGCAAAGCAAACAUGCAUGUGCCUGUAAGGGGAGACAUGAGAACAAAAACACAUCUGUAGUUACUCUUUGAUGUUAUAGAGACGAAGUAUUAGUAUAGAUUACCCUGUAGUAUUUAAUGACUAGAGUUUCAAUUCUGUGCCUAGUUUCUCCUAUAUUUUCCCCCAUAGUGCUAUAUCUUUUGUAUCCUUAAAUAUAGUUAUCCUUACUUGUGAUAGAUGAGUGUAAUUCUUGAGAAAAUGAUAGCUAUUUUCGCAGAGUAUUUUUAGAUUUUAAAAACUCUUCGUCUUUCAUGAGUGUACUUUAACUUAUUUUGUAAUAUUAGGAAUACCUUCAUCCUACAUACUUUAGCAUCAUCGGCUUAUCAUCUCAUACUUAUAGUAGUUUAUGGUGUUUUCAGUGAUCACCGAUACUUAAAACACCAAAGCAAUAAUCACUUUGUUAAAAUUUGUUUAUAAUAAAACUAUAUUUCAAUUUUGUAUGCCUC